AUGAUUAAUAAAUCAUUUUUAUUGAUAUCAAUUUUAUUACUUUUAAAUAAUAGUAAAAUUAUAGAUUCUACAUCAUCAUGUCCAGCAGGUACAAAUAAUAUGGCAAAUGGUGGUUGUCCAACUGUUAUGUAUCCUGAUCUAAAUUGUGAAUGUGAUAAUGGACAAUGUUUUGCAUGUUUAGAUAUUGAUGAAUGUAUAAGUGGUCAUAAUUGUGUAGCACCAGCAUACUGUGUGAAUGAUUAUGCAACAUUUUCUUGUAAAUGUCCACCAAAUGGUUAUACUCCAAAUGGAACUGGUUGUGAUGAUAUUAAUGAAUGUAGUUUAGGAAGUCAUGAUUGUGUAACACCUGCAUACUGUGUGAAUAAAAUUGGUUCAUUUACAUGCGAGUGUCUAAAUGGUUAUACAUUAUCUUCAAAUAGUAAAUCAUGUGAUGAUGUCGAUGAAUGUACUACUACUCCAACUAUUUGUGGUUCUGCAACAUGUAUGAAUACACAAGGAGGUUAUAAAUGUAAUUGUCAAGAAGGUUAUAUCUAUAGUCCGAUAACAAGUAGUUGUUUAGAUAUUGACGAAUGUACUAAUCCAUCCAUUUGCGGUUCUGCAAUUUGUAAUAAUUCACCUGGUAGUUUCUUUUGUCAAUGUCUAAAUGGGUAUUCAUAUAAUUCAGUAUCAAAAGCAUGCGAUGAUGUAAAUGAAUGUAUUGACACACCAACCGUUUGUGGUUCUGCAAAAUGCACAAAUAUAGAUGGUGGUUAUAUUUGUAAUUGUGACAUUGGUCUCAGUUAUGAUUCAUCAACAAAGAGUUGUUUAGAUUAUAAUGAGUGUAGUAUGGGUACUCAUAAUUGUGUUUCACCUGCAACUUGUGUAAACACUCAUGCUUCAUUUACUUGUGAAUGUAUUAAUCAACCAGGAUAUACUCUUUCAAAUAAUGGAACAAAUUGUAUCGAUAUUGAUGAAUGUAGUUUAGAUACUGAUGAUUGUAUUUCACCUGCCUAUUGUGUAAAUGAGCCAGCUGGUUCAUUUACAUGUGUAUGUAAUGACGGUUAUACUCUAUCAGGUGAUGCAAAAAGUUGUAUUGACAUUGAUGAAUGUAGUUCAAGUACUCAUGAUUGUGUUUCACCUGCGACUUGCGUAAACAAUGAUGGUUCAUUUUCUUGUAUUUGCAAAGAUGUACCAGGUUAUUCUUUAUCAAGUAAUGGAAAAAGUUGUUCAAAAAAUAAUAUUUCAAUUUCAUCAGUUAUACCAUCAUUUACCAAUGGAGGUGAAGCAAGUUUUAUUGGUGUAUUUGGAAAUACAUUUAAAGAUUUAUCAUUGUUAAUCGGUUCAAAUAAUUGUUCAAUAAUAGCCAACUCAUCAAAUUUAAUAAAAUGUACAGCCCCUCCAGGUCAAGGUGUCCAUUCUGUUAUAUUAAAUAUAGAUGGUGAACAAUAUAUUGCAAAUCAAAUCUAUCAAUAUCAAAAUCAAAUUCUUCAAUGUCCAAAUGAUUGUUUAUCAAAAUUAAAUCAAGGUAUAUGUGAUUCAAAAACAGGUCAAUGUAAAUGUAAUACAGGUUUCAAUUCAUAUGAUUGUAGUGGUAUUAUAAUUUUAGAUGAUACAAAGAGUAAUGGUGGAAUUAAAUUUGAUAAUCAUACCAAUUCAUUUACAACUGAUGAUAAUAAUGUUAAAUUUUUGAUUUAUUAUAAACUAUUAAAAGAAGUUGGAUUUGAUGGUCAGGUUUAUAAAACUUACCCAUUGAAAAAAGAAUGGAUUUUAAAUAGUACUUUUGAAAAUGAAAUGAUAUUUGAACAAACCAUUUCACAUGAUUCAAAUUGUAAAAUUAUUACUCACUUUCAAGAAAUAAAAGAUGAAAAAAAAGCAUUUCAAUUUGCAAAUGAACAAUUUUAUUUGGAAAAAGGGUCAAUUAAAGUUACAAUUAAAGUUACAAAAUAUGAUUAUAUAAAUAAUUUAAAUACCUUGGAAUUGGAAUUAAUUUCAUCAAUUGAAGAACAAGAUCAAAAUAGAAAUGAUUGUAAUAGUAAAGAUAUCGAUAUUGAAGAUAUUAAUAGUCCAGCAUCUUCAAAAUUUAGUUUUAUUAAAAUUUCAAAAGAUAAUAAAAUAUUUUCUGGUAGAUUUUUAAAUAAAUUAUUAUCAGAUAAUAGAGAAACCUUUUUUUCAACUGAAAAUAUUAAAGAUUUGGAAUCAAAUUCAAUUACAACUUUAUUAAAAUUACCACAUUUUAAUAAUGAAUGUAUUAUUGAUCCUGGUAUUUUGUUAACUUUAGAUUUUUCUGUAUUAUUAUCAACUGAUUUCAAAGAAAAUUGUAAAGAGGAUAAUAGAAAAUGGGUAAUACCGGUUUCAAUUGUAAUUCCAGUUGUAUUCGUAGCUUCUGCCAUAAUUUUUAUUUCAAUAAUUUAUAAAAAAUCAACAACAGUUAAAAUUGGUUUAAAAAAAUUUAAAUCAAUAAAAUUAAAUUCAAUGAAAGGUUAA